AUUGAUUACCUAGAAUUUUUUGCUUUCACAUUAGGCCAACCUCACAAGAUUUCAUUCAACGAUGCUGUACCCCUUCUGUUUAUAUGGACCUACACAUGCAGUCCAACUGUAAUAGCACUACGCAUUGAAGCGUGAUAUAUAGUUCCAGUGAUGGCGGAGGGUGGUGGUGAAAAGAUGGAUUUAGAUGAUGAUGCCCAGUUUACCUGUCUGAUAUGCGGUCAGUCAGGUAUGACUGAGGUGGACAUGCGGGCACACAUCAUGAUGGACCAUGUUGACCAGGACGUGUGCUGUCCGUUCUGUGAUCUCAGUGGCAUCACUCCAAAUGAGAUGAAUCUACAUGUUAACAAGGUUCAUUUAGAGGAAUACAAAAGUCCCAGUAAGGAAUGUAAUGGUAAACUCAUGGAUACCUCACCCGGUUCGUCUGGGGAUGAAAAAGCUGAGACAGAAUCACCUGAGAAGGAGACCCAUAUAUCUAGAUCACCAAAGUCUAAAGGUUUCGGCAGCUUGUUGAUGACAAGUCCAAUAAAGAAGAAUGGAGCUAACCAAAACAGUAGAUCUAAUUCUCUAGAAGAUUCAGGGAAACGAGCCAAAUUAAAUCUGGACAUAUCAUCACCAGUCCAGAUAAUGUUGCCGAGACAGAGCUCUGUAGAAGGUUCCUCAGAUGCUGGAGUGACAGCAUCAUGUAUACCACUCUUAGCGCGACCUGACCCCCAAGGAAUCCGUGCAUCAUUACAACCAAGGCGAGCAGAAAUGCUCAUGGUUCCUGACAUCAACUACAAUGUAGAACCAGACAUCAAUUCCAAUGUCCCUAUGGAGUUCUCUUGUCCACUUUGUCAGUUCAGUACACCGUCUGAAGGGGACAUUCAAACACAUGUUAAUCGGGAACACAUAGAUAUACUUAGUCCAUGUAGAGCCAGAGAUACACAAGAGAAUAGUGAAAACCAUAACAGUGGCUCCAGGUACAUUAUGGACUCGGCUAAGAUAUUGGAAUAUGCAUGUCCAUUUUGUGAUUUGACUUUACGAUCACCUGAUGAUCUACAGAUUCAUGUUAAUUCCAAGCACUUAGAUAUACUUAGUCCCGACAGAGUGAACACAGAGAAUGGUGGGCGUGGCAGUAUGUCAAGCUCAGCUGACAUGUCAGAUUGUGUGACUUGUCCGGUGUGUGAUCAAGAGUUCAACGAUCCCAUGGUACUGGAAAUGCAUGUCAAUGGUCACUUUUCUGCAGAACAGACACCAGCUCAGGAAAUCAAUGACCAAGCCCUUGCAGCAGAGCUGAGAAAGUCUGAGCAGGAGGAGAAAAAGCGAGAGAUGCGGGAGUUCCAGGCAUUGCAGGCAAUGUAUGGUAUGGCUGAAGGCACCAAUUACAAGAAACAAUAUGAGAAGAACUUGGAGAAAGCUGUUGCCAAGGGUGAUCUGUCUGUCACAGAGUUCCACCUGAGGAAAGCUAAUCUUAAAGGUCGUGACCUCAAUGGUGUUGAUGAUGGCCAUUCCUGUACUAAAGGUAUAAUUGGUCACCUGGAGGAAUACUACAAGUCCUCCACAACCAGUGUUGUGAACUUCCAUCUGUGUAACUCGGUGGAACAUUUCUGUGCUUCCUAUGGUGACAAGGGCUGGGGAUGUGGCUACAGAAACUUUCAGAUGCUUCUCUCGGCCAUGGCAGCUAACCCAACCUACUGCAAGUUACUGUUUAAUUCAAAUAAGGCCCAGAUCCCUUCACUACCAAAGAUACAGAGGCUGAUUGAAGCAGCCUGGGAAAAGGGGUUUGACAAGCAGGGAUGUGAACAGUUAGGUGGGCAUGUUGUGGAUACGACUAAAUGGAUAGGAGCCACAGAAAUCGCUGCUACUCUUCUCUCACUCAAAGUCAGGUGUCAGUUACUGGAUUUCCACAACCCUUCUGGUCCUCAGGGGACACACCCUAAACUGUUUCAGUGGGUUAAAGACUACUUCUGCCAGCCGUCUCCUGUCAAACUUCCUCUAUACCUCCAACACCAAGGUCACAGUCGGACGAUUGUAGGUGUGGAAGAACUCAAGGAUGGAGUUAUACGACUGUUGAUCUUUGAUCCAAGCACCUCAAAGAAACAGAUGCAGCUGUUCAAUGGCUUUAUCAACUCCAACAUCAUGAGGAUAGUGAGAAGAAGUAUCCAUGGACUGAAGGCGAAACAGUACCAGAUUGUGGCUGUCACUGGGAUACUGGAGGAUAAAGCUUAUGAGGAACACAAGGUGUUGAAAUCAGAAAGGAUCAGUUGACCACUAGAUGACCCUAACUAAUGUGAUACCAAUCGUCAGGCUGUGAUGCAUGCUGGGAAGGCCCUGCCUUGCUACUCUAUCUGCGACCUCAUUGUUAUACACCUACCAUGGACUGGUAGGAGAGUAUGUUUAUUUGCCCACAUGUCUAAAAUAAUUUUAAGGCAUAAAUAACCAUUUCAUUAGACUUUGAAAAUAGUAUAUAUAUAUGUGUGUGUGUGUUUUCAGAUUUUUGCCUGUUAAUGUUACAUAUUAUCAGAUGGUUAUUUGACUUGUUGCUGUAGUGUUAUGGAUUUAUCUAUAAAAACAAAAGUUAAAGUCAGCUAGAUAUUAGUGAACAGGCAUAAAUAGAAUAGGAGAAGCCAUACCGAAUUGGGAAAAUAAUAUGGAAAGAAAGCUGGACUAUGUUAGAUCACGGCUGAAGUUUAUUUCCUAAAACGAUUGUAAUAGCUAGAUAUUAUAUAACUCUGCGUGUAUGCUAUGUUCAGCUUUUAAUCUAAUAACUGCAUGCGAACCAUUGAUUUAAUGUAACCUUAGUCUUGGUAUAAAAAAUAUACAAAUUACUAUUUGAAAUCAUUGUUAUAUUUGAUCGCCAUCAUCUGCUUAAAAGUUCUAAGAUAGCAAAAUGUAGUGAUGCAUUUUCAUUGAUUAAAAAAAGAAAGAAAAAAAGCUGCUGCAGACGUAGAUUGGUAGAACAUUGUAACUAUAUAUAGCUUGGCAGAAACAAUAUUAGAUGGGAAAACUAAAGACAAUUCCAAAUCUUGUGUUUAAUUCUGUCCAUUAUAAAACUUUUUGUUUACUUAAAUAAAAAGUGGAGGUGAUUUAAAAAUGUCAUGAAAGUCCCUUUUUUGUGGUAUCACUGUUUUAAAGAGCAAUUGUCUAACAGAGUUGUGACUAUGAAAUGUAAAUAAUACUUCAUUCUCAGUAUAUGUUGAUGGUAUUGACACUGAAAUGGUUGUGGUCCGAUUUGAUUUUUUUUUAAUGAAAGGCAGCCGCUUUAAUAUGUCUGGAUCUCAAGGUAGUCUGUAAAAAAUCAAAAAAGUAAAAAACAAGAUCUUAGAUUAGCAGUUUGAUAAAGUCUUCCCAAUAAUGUAAUACAACAGUUGGUCAAGGACAAUGUGUGGUACGAUUGUAUGUUCUCAGAUAGUACUGAAUCAUAGGUUGUCCUACAGAAUCCACAUCAUUUAGCUGUAUCACUGUCUAAUCUCUAAUGUCCUGUGUAGGAUUAUUAAGUAAGUUAGGCAGCAGUUCACAUAUUGUGAGGUGGUCAGUUAUUGAUCACAUUUUAAAUACCUGAUACCUGGUAAUAUUGAGAAAAAUCCUUAUGAGAAAUCCUAGAAGCUUUUCCAAUGUUUUGAGUGUUCCCAGGGAAGGCACCUUUACAGUUACUAUCAGUGAUACAGUAUACAGAAUAAAAAUGGCUAGUUUUUGGUGAUCUGUUAAUUCUUUGUCAUGAGAAUGUUUGAUACUUGGAAGUUGUUAAUCAUGUACAGUAUUUAUUUUAUUUGUGUUACCUUCAUUACACAGCUGGACAUUUUGUUCAGUCAUUAGUGGUUUAAAUUAUGUGUAUGGUAUAUUCUGAAGGAUUUUGGUAAGUUAACUGUAAUCUUACAAACUUGUAGAAUUUUACGACGAAGUACUGGCUUGCUCAAUUGAAUUCCCUGUGAUACAGCCACCAUAAUACAGUCAUACUUGUAGUUCCCCUACAUGUAUAGCAUUGCAUUGUGGGUAUAUUUAUAGUAAUUAUUAUUACUAUUUAUGGGUUUAUUCUCAAAAAAAAAAUAAAAAAAUAACACUGCAAAACUGUAAACAGUUUAGGUGUAUUGAAUAUGAUUGAUGUUCAAUAAACUUAAUAUAUAUUACAGUUAAUAUUAUACUUUAAAUAUACGUCAGGGUAUAUAGCUUUAUGUCAAUGUAUAUAAUUACAAAAUCAAAGUAUGUGCAUUUUGGAUAUAUUUGUACUUCAUGUAAUGAACCGGUAAUAUUACAACAUCGAUCUGUACCAUCUGUUGUUUACAACACCUUUUCAGGGUACAUUAUGAUGUUUGGUUUUAGACUUGAUUGUACACUUUUGACCUUACUAGUUCUCUGUAUCACAUCAGUUCUCUGUAUCAGCAUUGACAGUGUUUUAUUUUCCGUUUCUUUUGUGAAAUAAGAAAGAAAUUUUGAUUUAGAAAUUAAACUGUCACAAUGUUCCUCCUCCCCAACACCAUAAGUUACGUCAGUUGUUCAGAGAAUGAAAUUAUACACAUUUUUAUGCUUGUUCCAUAUAUCUGUACAUGUAUUUACUAAUCAUAUAUAUAUAUAUCAACACUACCAAGUCUGUUAUACAAUUAAUCUAGUCAAUUGAUAAUUAUGAUUUUAAUUUUACUAAAAUGUUACCUGAAUGGAACGAUGUAUUCUGUACAGAAAAUAGGUUGCAUGAGAGAGUUCAACAGUGUUAUAUAACACACACUAAUUACUGUUAAUGGGACACAACACACACUCAUUACUAUUAAUGGGACACAACACACACUCAUUACUAUUAAUGGGACACAACACACACUCAUUACUAUUAAUGGUACACAACACACACUCAUUACUAUUAAUGGGACACAACACACACUCAUUACUAUUAAUGGUACACAACACACACUCAUUACUGUUAAUGGGACACAACACACAGUCAUUACUAUUGAUGGUACACAACACACACUAAUUACUAUUAAUGGGACACAACACACACCCAUUACUAUUAAUGGUACACAACACACUAAUUACUGUUAAUGGUACACAACACACACUAAUUACUGUUAAUGGGACACAACACACAGUCAUUGCUAUUAAUGGUAUACAACACACUCAUUACUAUUAAUGGUAUACAACACACACUCAUUACUAUUAAUGGUAUACAACACACACUAAUUACUGUUAAUGGGACACAACACACACUCAUUACUAUUAAUGGGACACAACACACAGUCAUUACUAUUAAUGGUAUACAACACACACUCAUUACUAUUAAUGGUACACAACACACACUAAUAACUGUUAAUGGUACACAACACACACUAAUUACUGUUAAUGGGACACAACACACACUCAUUACUAUUAAUGGGACACAACACACAGUCAUUACUAUUAAUGGUAUACAACACACACUCAUUACUAUUAAUGGUACACAACACACACUCAUUACUAUUAAUGAUACACAACACACACUCAUUACUGUUAAUGGGACACAACACACUCAUUACUGUUAAUGGGACACAACACACUCAUUACUGUUAAUGGGACACAACACACACUCAUUACUAUUAAUGGGACACAACACACACUCAUUACUAUUAAUGAUACACAACACACACUCAUUACUGUUAAUGGGACACAACACACUCAUUACUGUUAAUGGGACACAACACACUCAUUACUGUUAAUGGGACACAACACACACUCAUUACUAUUAAUGGGACACAACACACACUCAAUACUAUUAAUGGUAUACAACACACACUAAUUACUGUUAAUGGGACACAACACACUCAUUACUGUUAAUGGGACACAACACACACUCAUUACUAUUAAUGGGACACAACACACACUCAAUACUAUUAAUGGUAUACAACACACACUCAUUACUAUUAAUGAUACACAACACACACUCAUUACUAUUAAUGAUACACAACACACACUCAUUACUAUUAAUGGGACACAACACACACUCAUUACUAUUAAUGGUACACAACACACACUAAUAACUGUUAAUGGUACACAACACACACUCAUUACUAUUAAUGGUACACAACACACAGUCAUUACUAUUAAUGGUACACAACACACAGUCAUUACUAUUAAUGGUACACAGCACACACUCAUUACUGUUAAUCGUACACAACACACACUCAUUACUAUUAAUGGGACACAAUACACACUCAUUACUAUUAAUGGGACACAACACACACUCAUUACUAUUAAUGGUACAUAACACACACUCAUUACUAUUAAUGGGACACAACACACACUCAUUACUAUUAAUGGUGCACAACACACACUCAUUACUAUUAAUGGUACACAACACACUCAUUACUAUUGAUGAUACACAACACACACUCAUUACUAUUAAUGGUAUACAACACACACUAAUUACUGUUAAUGGGACACAACACACAGUCAUUACUAUUAAUGGUACACAACACACACUCAAUACUAUUAAUGGUAUACAACACACACUAAUUACUGUUAAUGGGACACAACACACAGUCAUUACUAUUAAUGGUAUACAACACACACUCAUUACUAUUAAUGGUACACAACACACACUCAUUACUAUUAAUGGUACACAACACACAUUCUCAUUACUAUAACUUGCAGUCAAACAUAGGAAUCCGCUUUCUCUUCUUUUCAUCCUAUACCCUGCAGUUGUGAAUUAAAUCAUCUGUAGGAUUUGGGGUUAACUUUCAUCCCUUUGAUAUCAUGGUGGUUUUCCACUGAAUUUUCUUCUCAUUUGUUCCCUAUGUGACAUUGUAGUAAACUCUUCUUCAUUUGUUAUGUACAAAGUACAUGUGUGACAUAAAUUAUUAUUUUUAUGCUGGGACCAAACUGAUUUUUCCUGAAACACCACCAACACUAUUACUGUACACUGGUAUGUAGACAUUAUAGACAAUGCUGUCUCUGUUAUGUGUUGGAGGCGUGGCAGGAACCGUUAAUUUAAUGUAAAAGAUAUAUUGUUUAAUCAUGUGCAUUUGUUCAGCCAAAUCUUUAUGUUUAGAAAUUUUCACUGACAUUUUUGAUAAAAGAAAAAGGUAGCUCAGAAUUAAAAGAAAAAUAUAUUCCUAAACUUUGGUACUUGAUAGAACUGUUUCUUAAAAAUGUUGACAUGUUAAAAGAACAGCAGGCUCGAGUUCUCCGAUCUUACCUAUAUAUCCACACCAUGGUCCCUAUGUGAAUCUGAAUUCAUGACAGCUAUGUAAGGGUUGAAAAAUGGAAAUGUGCAAUUAUCCAGGAUCAAAUUCUGUAAUAAUGAAAUGUAAAGAGUGUUCAUUUCAUCCCCUUUUAAGGACUAGCUACUAUGAUAUAAUGUUCAUUGUUAUGCCCUUAUACUUGAAAACCUGUAAUCUUGAGCGAUGAAGUGUUCAUUGUUACAUAUAACCCUCAGACACCUGUAAUCUAGAGAGCGAUAAAUUGUUCAUUGUUACUCCUAUGGACACCGGUAAUCUAAUAUGAUAAAGUCUAACAUGAUAAAGUCUAACAUGAUAAAGUCUACUAUGAUAAAGUGUUCAUUGUUACAUGUACACCCUCGACAUCUGUAAACUAAUAUGAUAAAGUUACAUGUACACCCUCGGACAACUGUAAUCUAAUAUGAUAAAGUUACAUGUACACCCUCGGACAACUGUAAUCUAAUAUGAUAAAUUGUUCAUUGUUACUCCUUUUGUCACCUGUAAUCUUGAACAAUAAAGUUUUCAUUGUUACAUGUACACCUGUAACCUUGAGCGAUAAAGUGUUCAUUUGUACAUGUACAUUCUUGGAUACCUGUAAUCUACUAUGAUAAAGUCUACUAUGAUAAAGUGUUAAUUGUUACAUAUACAUCCUCGGACAACUGUAAUAUGAUAUGAUAAGGUGUUCAUUGUUAACCCUUCCAUGCCUUGGCUUAUGGCAGGUAUAAACAUUAAGUGCACAAAUAUAAAAUGAAUUCUUCGACAUGUUUAUGAGAUCUGUUUUGUAAUAUAUAUAAGUCUUGUUUCCAGUUCCUUUUUGUGUUUGUGUAUACAUAACAUUGUUAUUUAAAUUCUAUUAUGUUGAUUGUUAUUACUCACUCUUAUCAGCAUCUAAUAUCAUGAUUUAUUUAAGGAAUUUUGCAUUAUGAAAUAAUGUGUUAAUAUGAUAGUGCCAUCAGUGUAUUAAAGAUGACUAUGAUGUUUUGAAUGAUUGACUGGUGUGUUGAGGAUCAUUUACAUUGUUUCAAGCAUUAUACAUGUACAAGUAUGGUACAUUUACUUGAUUGAAUUCUUUGUAAAUUAAAGUGUUGUUUUUACCAACACGUAUGUGCUAUAGUUUUGAGUCAAAUUUUUAGUUUUGUUUUUGUAAAUGUUGGCGUGGUUUGAAUUUCACACGGACACUUUUCAAUAAGUGUAAGAAAUUAUUUCACCAGUUAUAUUUUGGUAUAAUUAAUCCACGUGUGAAAUUUGCAAUACAAUGAUAAAUUCCUAAAUUAAAGAGAAUGAGUUGAAAAAUAUAUUCUCUGAGAAAUUUAAGUGCUUUAGAUAAAUUCCUCAAACCUUACAAAAUUUGCUUUAUUUGGUAAAAUGAUUGGACACUAACAUGCAAUGUUUGGAUAGAUGUUAUAGUCCCCUCUAGUAAAAAGAAAUGUAAAACAAUACUAUGUUGUGUAAAUUAUUGCCAAAAAUAUAAAAUAUCCUUGGAAAUAUGCAUUUUCAUCAAAAUUUCAUAUACCAGCAUUCCUAUUUCAUUUAUCAUUAAGUCAUUUUCGCCAAUAAACACAGCUAGCAAUUGCCAAUUUUUAUGGAUCGUUAGCUUCAAUGUGUAGCACACAGCUGUAGAUUGGCCAAUGUUACAGUUAAGCUUGAUGGACUCUCAUCACUUAUAUAUUUACACAUUAGAAAAUUUGCAUUAUUUAACCUUAAAAGGUCAUGACUUUGAAAUAAAGUGCUGUAACCACC